CUGUGCGUCAUUCUGUGCAGAAGGUGAAAAUUCAUCUAUUUCGAUCAAUAUUAGCUGCCUGUGCAUUCAAUCUGUACCAGCAAUCAAAUAAUUGCGUUCGUGCGUUCAUCAAUCAAUCGGGAAGGAAAGCAUCGAAAGAAUGGCUGCUAUUAUAAGCCAAGCCAUGCCAGAUACGGUGGACGGGGCGGAACUGCCCAAAUCUAAACGACCUUCAGAUUCAGCAUUUAAACAACAAAGACUCCCAGCGUGGCAACCCGUCCUGACCGCGGGCACGGUACUUCCGGCCUUUUUCCUGAUCGGAGUUCUCUUCAUUCCAAUCGGUGUACUGCUGUGGCUGUCAUCCAAUUCAAUUAAUGAAUUCGUGUACGAUUACACGCACUGCAAACCGGACGCGGGGAAUCAAAGCUGUGCGGAAAUCAUCAGCAACAGCCCGGGUUCCAGCUGCGCCUGCACCAUCAACUUUGAGCUGGAGAAGGACUUCCUGGACAAGGUGUAUCUGUACUACGGGUUGACGAACUACUAUCAGAACCAUCGGCGCUACGUAAAGUCGCGCGAUGACGAUCAACUGCUCGGGCGUCUCUCACCGAUACCGUCGAGCGACUGUGCGCCGUUCGCGUACGCAGAUGAUGACGAGCGGGUACCGAUUGCUCCCUGCGGUGCCAUCGCCAACUCGCUGUUUAGCGACAAGUUUGAGCUGUUUUCGCAGACGCUCGGUACGCCGGUUCCGCUGCUUCAGACGGAAAUUGCAUGGCCCUCGGACCGGCAGAUAAAGUUCCGCAAUCCCGAAGGCGACCUGAAGGAAGCGCUGCGUGGUUUCAGUCGCCCGAAGGCCUGGACACGUGAACUUUGGGAGCUGGACGAAACUAACAAGGACAACAAUGGGUUCCAGAACGAGGACCUAAUCGUGUGGAUGCGUACGGCUGCACUGCCCACGUUUAGGAAGCUUCACCGACGGAUCGAUCACUCGCAGGAACACUUCAAGGAGGGACUGCUGAGAGGCAAUUACACGCUUACUGUCAAGUACUCAUACUCGGUAAUUGAAUUCGACGGUACGAAGAAAUUUAUCCUGUCCACCACCUCGAUUCUCGGUGGCAAGAAUCCAUUCCUUGGCAUUGCCUACAUUGUUGUGGGAGGCGUUUGUUUGCUGCUCGGACUCGUGCUACUCAUCAUCCACCUGAAGUGCAGCAAAUCCAACGGUGGCAUCAGCAGCGUCCAUCAACGGUCGUCAUCGCGCCCAUAGGAGUUACUGUGCUUGACCGGGGAAGUUAGUGAUUCGUUGGGACUUUAAGUAUUAAUUGUAUUGGUUGGUUGGGUUUAUUUUUGUUUUGUUCCCUUACAAUAUUGCACGUACAAUUGUUACGUUUAUUUUACGAGAACAGGAGCGAUGGAGCUCAGUUAUGGCAGCAGUUGUCAUUGAAUGUGUAUUCCGUCAGUAUCAAUUUUAAAAUUCUUUAGUGCGCGAAGUUACGAUUAACAGAAUUUGGGUGGUUGUGUGAAAUUUGGGAAUUGUAUGGUAGAACGACAAAAAACUAGCUUCGUGAAAUGAGUUCCUCCUUAUCUUCUUUUAUCCUCCUCCAGUUCAUUGGGUGUGAAUUUCAGAAAAAAAAACACAGAAAAUCGAUAAUUGUACUAGCUUCUUCAAGCACACAAACACGCAUCUAAGGGCGUUCUUUUUGCACGUCAUACAUAUUUAGACCGGAAAGCAUUCGAAGACGACCGGAGACAGAAGUAAUGUUAGUUGUCCUCUGAUCGUAACCGUGCUAAUAAUAUAUUAUUAAGUGUCCUUACAGCACGUCGGUAUUACAUGGAUGGAUGAAAUGCAUAUUACAUUCGAAGUAAGAUAACAAAAACAAUAUAGAUAUCAGAGAGUAACAGAUACAUCAAGAUGUAGUGUGUAAUUGUUGAUCAUCAAAAUGUAACCAAAUAUGAGGAGAACGAUCGUACUUGCUAGACACAUUAGAAAUAGAAAAUUGUUCUACAACAUGUGGAAAAGCUGCUUGUGCUGAAACCAUGCAAAGGGUAGCAGCCUGUAACUAAAAGCAAACACGAAGCUCCACGCUUACGUUAUUUAAAAUAAAGAUACAU